CCCUCUGGUGUUGAUAGAGAAUUACAGGCGCUGCUUGGUUCUAGAGAGUUCCAGUGCAUUGUGGGACCCGGCCGGUCUUCCUCUCGCCGCAAAGAUGAUGCCCACUCCAGUUAUCCUGCUGAAGGAGGGGACAGACACCUCUCAGGGUGUCCCCCAGCUCAUCAGCAACAUCAAUGCCUGUCAGGUCAUCGCAGAGGCUGUGCGGACCACUCUGGGCCCUCGUGGCAUGGAUAAGCUCAUUGUGGACAACAGAGGCAAAGCCACCAUCUCUAAUGAUGGUGCUACCAUCCUGAAGCUGCUGGAUGUGGUCCACCCUGCAGCUAAAACCCUGGUGGACAUCGCCAGGUCUCAGGAUGCAGAGGUUGGUGAUGGAACCACCUCAGUGACUCUUCUUGCAGCUGAGUUUCUGAAGCAGUUGAAGCCGUACGUGGAAGAAGGCCUCCACCCUCAGACCAUUAUCCGAGCUUUCCGUAUUGCCACUCAGCUUGCAGUCAAAAAGAUCAAGGAGAUUGCAGUCACCGUCAAAAAGGACAACAAAGAGGAGCAGAGGCAGUUGUUGGAGAAAUGUGCCGCCACAGCACUUAACUCAAAGCUGAUUGCUGGACAGAAGGAAUUUUUCUCCAAGAUGGUGGUAGAUGCAGUGAUGAUGCUGGAUGAACUGCUGCCACUCAAGAUGAUUGGCAUGAAGAAAGUUCAAGGUGGAGCUCUGGAGGAAUCUCAGCUGGUGGCUGGUGUGGCCUUUAAGAAGACCUUCUCCUAUGCUGGCUUUGAAAUGCAACCGAAACGCUAUGAGAACCCAAAGAUCGCCCUCCUUAACAUUGAGCUGGAGCUGAAGGCAGAAAAGGACAAUGCUGAAGUUCGUGUCAAGAGUGUAGAGGACUACCAGGCCAUAGUUGAUGCUGAGUGGAAUAUACUGUAUGAUAAGCUGGAGAAGAUCUACAAGUCUGGUGCCAAGGUGGUGUUGUCCAAGUUGCCCAUUGGGGACGUGGCCACACAGUACUUCGCUGACAGAGAUCUGUUCUGUGCUGGUAGAGUUCAGGAGGAGGAUCUGAAGAGAACCAUGAUGGCCUGCGGUGGCUCCAUCCAGACAAGUGUCGGCUCUCUCACUGAUGACGUUCUUGGCCAGUGUGAGCUGUUUGAGGAGGUGCAGGUUGGAGGAGAGAGGUAUAACUUCUUCAAAGGUUGUCCGAAGGCAAAGACCUGCACCAUAAUCCUCAGGGGAGGUGCUGAGCAGUUUAUGGAGGAGACAGAGCGAUCGCUGCAUGAUGCCAUCAUGAUUGUGCGCAGAGCCAUCAAGAAUGACUCUAUUGUGGCUGGAGGUGGCGCCAUUGAGAUGGAGUUGUCAAAGUACCUGAGGGAUUAUUCUAGGACCAUCCCAGGAAAGCAGCAGCUGCUCAUCGGAGCUUACGCAAAGGCCCUGGAAAUCAUCCCCAGGCAACUGUGCGAUAAUGCAGGCUUUGAUGCUACCAAUAUCCUUAACAAACUCCGGGCUAAACACGCACAGGGUGGAAUGUGGUAUGGUGUGGAUGUAAACAACGAGGACAUCGCUGAUAACUUCCAGGCCUGUGUGUGGGAGCCCGCAAUCGUACGCAUCAACGCCUUGACCGCUGCCUCAGAGGCUGCUUGUCUCAUCCUCUCCGUAGACGAAACCAUCAAGAACCCCCGCUCCGGCGGUGAUGGCCCACCAGGACCUGCUGGUAGAGGAAGGGGACGCGGUAGACCCGCACACGCCCACUAAACCCCCCCCUCCCAGUAUGCACACCAACCCUGGUCAGUCCAGGUCUUUAGAUGUGUAGCUUCUGGACUGUUCUGUUUGAAGGUCAAAGGAUGCCAUCAGUUUUGAUUCCAUUUAACUUAUCUUCAUCUAUAAUGCUUGUGCUUAUGGAUAUUGUAAGUAAGUGGAAUUUAAAGCUGUGGCUGGAUAGAGGCAGUUUGUUUUGUACAAUUUGGAGACAACUAGUGUGUGCGCUGAAAAAUAUGGCUGUCUGAUUUGUGAAACUGUAGAAGCACUGAUGUUGGUUUGGGCGUUUAAGCCAGACUGCAGUAUGUUCCCAUGUUGGUCAUUCAGUGGAACUAUUUAUUGGACCAUUAAAGUCAAAACUUUCACAUUUCA